AUGGAGAAAGCAGAAGGAAAAGAAGAAAGUGUCGAUUUGAGCCAAAUAUCUCUUCGACCCCUUGAGCUCUCUGACCUGGAUGAUCUCAUGGUGUGGACCACUGAUGAAAAGGUGGCCACUUUUUGCACUUGGGAUACUUACACGAGCAAAGACGAUGGGAUCAACUUCAUCCAAAACAUAGCCACCAAAUUUCUGUGGUGCAGAGCAAUAUGCCUGAACAAUCGUGCUAUUGGGUGUGUUUCUCUGUCCUCAAAUCCAGAGCACGAUAAAAGCAGGAGCAGAUCCGUGGAACUUGGGUAUGUCUUGGGUUCCAAACACUGGGGCAAAGGGAUUGUGACAGUGGUCGUGAAACAAGUGGUUAAGGCUGCGUUCACUGAGUUGCCAUUGCCACAGUUGGAGAGGGUUGAAGCUCUUGUUGAUGUGCUCAAUGUUGGGUCUCAGAGAGUGCUGGAAAAAGCUGGUUUCCAAAGAGAGGGAAUUCUCAGAAAGUUUGUGUUCGUCAAAGGAAAAAGCAGAGAUACGGUCAUGUUCAGUGUUCUCUCCACAGAUCCUCACCUUUCAUUUCCUUGA